AUGCACCCGUCCGCCUCAGGCUCGGGUUUCUCCUUAUUCCCCACUUCUCCCACCAUCUCUGCUAGCAUCCCAACCACCGCCGCCAUCACCGAUCGUCCCGACACUGCGAACGGCGGUUCUGAGUCGGGCCGUCUCCACAAACACGGCGGACCCCCCUCCUCUUCCCACGAGGAUGGCUGCAUGUCUCCGGACUCCGGAGGCGGUGGUCCGCUCGAGGAUCAAAGAACGAAGAAGCGUCGGGUCGGAGCCAGCUCGAGAGGCGUGGCUAACCUGACGCCUGAGCAGCUUGCUAAGAAGAGAGCCAAUGACCGAGAGGCACAGCGAGCCAUCCGCGAACGUACCAAAAACCAGAUCGAAAAACUCGAAAGGCGGAUACACGAAUUGACGUCCCAACAACCAUAUCAAGAGCUUCAGGCCGUGAUACGAGCGAAGGAGGCCGUCGAGGCUGAGAAUGCCGAGAUUAAGAGCCGUCUAGCUUCGAUCAUGGCUAUGAUACAACCUAUGUUAUCUGGUCCACAAGUCGAAGCCUACAACACGCCACCUCUAACCAACAUCCCGAGCAUCCAACCUACGGAACGGUCGCCCUCUCUCCCCAUUAGCCAUACCUAUAAUGCCUCUACACCCAUCAGCGCCGCCUCUCCCGCUUCCACCAUGGUAGACCAAUCAUGGCAAGCCCAGACGACACAUCCGAGCCCACGCUUCACACAAGUCAAAAUGCUCAACCAGCAGCGGCACGACCUACUACAUGGCCUCGACCUCGGCGCCGGCGAGCAGCUGAAACUAGACUUCCUACUCGACCCCUCGUCGCGCGUGAGCAGGAUGCACACCGGUGUCGAUGGCCCCCAAGACAGUCCCGAAUACCACCACUUACCCAUGAAGCACGACUGGAACGCCAACGCCGGCACCAACAACACCACAACAAACCCCAUCCCCUCCCGAAACAGCAUCACGAUCGAAAACGGUAGUUUACAACCACAUCAACCACCACAGCAACAACACCAACAACGCAUCGAAUACGCCCCCCACCCCACCCCCCAAACCACAAACCCGGACCCAACCUCCCCAUGGAUCGGCCACACCGCGCCCCUAAAAAACAGCCCGCCAACCUGUCCCCUGGACUCCCUCCUCCUCGACUUCCUCUCCGAACGCCGGCAACGCGCCAGCGAAGGCGUCCCAGCGCGGGAAGUAAUCGGGCCACGAUACCCCUCCGUAUCCUCCCUGCUCAACCCGUCCCAAAGCGUGUUCUCGCACCCCUUAUCCAAAGUGUUCACCGACAUCCUCGCGGCGUUCCCCGGGAUCAGCACGUUGCCGGAACGGGUGGCUGUGCUGUAUUACAUGUUCCUGGUCAUGCGGUGGCAGGUGAGUCCCACGUUGGCGAAUUAUACCCUUUUACCCGCGUUUGCGAGGCCGACGCCGGGACAGUUGGAGGUUUCGCAUCCGGCGUGGAUUGAUCAUUUGCCGUUUCCGAGGAUGAGGGAGGUGUUGGCGCGGGAGGGGGGGGGGUUGUUGUUUGAUGAUUUCUUUAUCCCGUUUACGACGACGAUUAGUCUGAAUUGGCCGUACGAGGAUACGGAUACGUUGCUCAGGAGCCCCGAUGGCGGGGAGUUGUUGAUUAAUCCGGUGUUUGAGCGGCAUUUGAGACGGUUUGAGAAUUGGACGCUGGGAGAGGCGUUUGAUACGGCGUUUCCGAGGUUGAGGGGGACGUAUAAUUUGAAGGUUAGGGAUACGGGGAGGGAGGGAGGGGAUGGGCGGUUUGGUGGGGGGUGA